AUGCGACGCUACGCAUCAGGUGUCACAACCGAGAGCCACCAGCUGUACAAGCCCUUCCUGCAGCAGCUGUCUGCCAGUAUCUUCCUGUGGGACCCAGAGGACACAGCCCGGUUGCUCAACGCCAAGAGGAGGACGCUAGAGGCGCAGGGGAUGACCUUCUCGUCCGACGCCGGAGUGUGGAGGCACGUCAGCCGCAGAGAGAUGGCUCUCCAUUGCCGUCGCCGCACGCGUGGAGCUGCGGCGACCGAGCGGCUGAUCGAUGACCUCCUGCAAACCUUCGGCGGUGCCAACGGGCGAGACACCAUGGGGAUUCCCCUGCUGGACCGAGACCGCAUCCAGGCAAUCCGUGCGGAGCAGCGACGGCACCUCGAGUGCAUCCAGGACCCGCCGGGCGUGGAGCUGUACACGGAGACAGGCAGGCUGACCAAGGGGGGGAUCAGCCUGCCGACGUACCGUUGUGCGCGCGGCUCCACGUCCCUGGAGUCGUUCCAUCUCCACCUCAACCGCUUCAUUCCAGGAGAAAGUGCCAACCCUUGGCACUUCCAGGCUUUUCUCCUGGAGGGGUUGAUGAGAUGGAACGAGGACAGGGCGGCGUCCGCGGCCCAGGAGGGUCGUCCGCUGCUCCGCACCUCCAGUGGCCCCCUGCAGCACUCCCUUGACCAGCUCAGCCAACGGGUGCUUGGCUCGAGUUUGGUCAGGGAUUACACCAAGCCCAGGGAGUACACGGGGGAACUCAUCGGCAUCGAGUACCUGUACUCCCAGACGGGCAGAGUGCUGCAGGACGUCAGCUUGGACCCUGACGUUCCGGACGCGGGUCCACCGCCUACCGAGGAGGACGACGAGCUCGCCGAAGGCCGGCAUGAGUUGGAGGACCUCACACUCCACGUGCCUGGCGAGUUCACCGCUCCUCGGACGGACCCGCGGUCAGGGCAACCAGCUGACGCACCCGCGCCUGAGCCAUCCCGUCCGACCGAUCCCCCCGAGCCCGCGCCCCACUCCCCCGGCCGGUCCUCACCAGAGCCUCAGCAGGCCGCUGAGGACUACCGAGGACCAGACGACCAGCCGGGGUACCUGGCCGUGGUCCGCUUGGCCACGGCCUUAGUGGGGCUGCGCCACGAACAGGCCCUGUCCGAGGGGAGGGUAGACGAGCUCAUCGGGCUCUACGAGGCCCUGUCCCCGUUCGACAGGGCCCGAGUAGUUUACCCUCCCCGCUACACGGACGGGGCAGCUCGGGGGGGUCGAUUCAUGGCAGCGAAGCCAGGCCGCACCAGUAUCCCUGGUGUGGAGAGCCUGCGACGCUGCCUGGUCGGACAGACCUCUGGACCCGCCAGCAGUCCCAGCACAAGCCGGCUGGUAGAAGCAGUGUGCGUCCAGCUCUGCAACCUGUACCCCACGGGCACCCGUGUGCAAGGCGGCGCCCGGGGUACACGGUGGGACAGCGCACUGCUUCGUUACCGCCACAUCCGGGAGCUUGUGCUGGGACACCAGAGGUUGAUGGCUCGGGCGCCCGUUCAGCUCUUUGAGCUGAACGCUAGGACCCUCUCGCUGUGGUUUACCCGGACGCAGCGAGAGAAGGAGAGGGCUGUGCUGACUCCAGGCGUUGCAGCAGACGGAGGACGACCACCGGCGGCGGCCGCGGCGACAGCGCCGGGCCCGGCAUCAGCGGCGGCGGUGGAUCGUCCGGCGGCAGCAGCAACGGCGACGUCGGCGGUGCCUCAAGGCCGGGCGACGACAGCGGCAGCGAGGGGGGCGGCGGUAGCCCCGGCAGCGGCACCGGCUGUGGCAGCACCGGGGCCCGCUCUGCAGGCGCCCAGACGGCUACUGGCGCCUCGACAGCCCGCCCCCUCGGCUGCUUACCCGGCCUUGCCGCCGACGGCUGCUGCCGCAGCUGCAACUGGACCUUUAAGAGCAGCACAGCCUCUCCUUGUGGACCUCUUACUGCCCCGGCAGAGUGUGUGGGUGCUCCCCGUCCCCCCCCCCCCCUCCUGACACUCCCUCGGACACUGCCGGCUCCACACGUCCUCCCUCCGCCGCUGGCCGCCGCACAGCACGCCGGCCCUGAGCUGCCUGUAGCCCUCAAAACGGUAUACCAGAGGAGGCUGAACGCCAAGCGGCGGGCGGAGGCACAGCCGGGCACAACCUACUCCUCCCGGGCCGGCGUGCCACAGGUGCAGAAGUGCAGGAAAUGCGGCCAGCCGAGGCGGAGGGAGACCGGACACUCCCGCCACGGCAGAGAAUUCUUCUGCUCCGUCGCGGCGGGUCAGAGUGUGGAGGACUGGCUGAGGGAGAAGAAGGAGCGGGACCAGGGUGGAGCCCCGCACUGAUGCACACUCUUGCCGGGGAUGGUGUUGUACAUAGUUCUCUUUUGUAUAUAGUUGUUUUUCUGUUGUGUGUAUAUAGUUAUUUUGCAGUGUUAGUGUAUAUAGUUGUCAUUUUGCAGGAUUAGUGUAUAUAUAGUUCUUUGUUUUGUUGGAUAGCUACUAAGUUAGUGCAUACACACUGCCAUAUUUAUUUAUAUAUAUGCAUAAUAUAUACUGUAUAUGAAUGAAUAAUAUCAAGGCCUGCAUGAAGUUACUUAAUGAGUGCGGUGAAGAUAUUCCACGUUUUGUUUCACAUUACUUGGAUGAACUGCCACCUGUCGGGUUCGGCAAUAUGGACGCCUCGGCUCUGCUGAGCCAAGUGGAGCAGUUGAGCCAACAAGUCUCUGGCCUGAGAAAGGCGUUGGAUACUCAGGCUGAUGUGAGUGAGAACUUGGGGGCAAUUGUUACGGCCAUGGAUCGCCGAUUGGCAGCGGUGGAGACGCACCGUACAUCGGACUACGACCCUGGGACUGCUGGCACCGUGCGCCCUGAGGAGUCAACAACGUCUCCAGCUGUUAAGUCGCGUCUCCUGGGACUGAAUAGGCCAACCGGCGAGAUCGCCAGCACCUCACGCGUAGACUGGAAGGGGCUGGUGGGCUCUACUCAACAGCAGGAGCUCCUGGAUGUGGAAGUCACAUCACCACGAUCACAACCACAGUCCCCACUGUGGAGCGCUGCUGUGAAAAAAGGUCGUAAAAAGUGGGGGUCCCUUAAAGCAUAUGUGCCACCGAAACCCCGCAACAAGCCAGCUCACUUUAAACGUGAGCAAAGGAAUGAUGGAAUAAUUGGAACUGGCACUGAGAGCAACAUUGGAGUGGUGAAAACAAAGCUGGUGAAUGUGUUUGCCACUAGGUUUUCUCCCACUCUGGAUGCAGACACGCUGCGUGACUAUUUAACGGAGAAGUUGGAGGCUAAAACAGUGACGUGUCGAAAGAUCGAGUCGGCCCGCAGCAGGUAUGGCUCUUUUCACAUCACCGCUGAAUGUAACAAUGUUGCUGACAUGUAUGAUCCAAAACUCUGGCCCGAGGGGACUUAUGUUCGCCGCUAUUAUGAGGCCCGUGUACCUAAGGUUGUUGGUGAGGGGGGGAGUGAACUGUCUUGCCAUGGUACACCUGUAGCUCCACACGAGAGCCGGUCUGCAUUAGCUGCUGGGAUAUGAAUGAACCUUACUAUGAACAUCUGUGUCGUAUCUUACAAUGCGCGUGGACUGCGUGUUGGCCACAGUGAAACUGAUAAAUCACGCCGUGUUGUUGUGGACAAACUGAUGGAGAGAUGUGACAUUUUGUGUGUUCAGGAGACGUUCCUGGCUAAACAAGACCUGGGAGGACUAAAUUCUAUGCAUAGGGACUUUCAUGGGGCAGGUGAAUCAACAACUGACUUGAGCGCUAAAGUCGUCCGGGGGAGGAUCCCAGGGGGCGUGGCCACUAUGUGGAAUAAAAAAUAUGACCAGUUGGUUAAUGUUA